ACCGCGCCUGCGCGUCCGUGGGGGCUGGGCUUCCGGCCGGCGGAGGUGGGGACCGCUGCUCUGGCGGGGGGGGGAGGUGGGUCCUGGGUCGUGACCCGCACCCCUACGUGCUGUGCUAAUUCUACCGCGGCUCCCACCCGUGUCUUGACCCCUGCCCACCGGUAUGGCUCGGCACGUGUUCCUGACUGGGCCCCCAGGAGUUGGAAAAACAACAUUGAUCCAGAAAGCCAGUGAAGCUCUAAAAUCCUCUGGUGUGCCUGUCGAUGGAUUUUAUACAGAAGAAGUCAGACAGGGAGGAAGAAGAAUAGGAUUCGAUGUUGUCACAUUAUCUGGCAUGCGGGGACCUCUGUCUCGGAUUGGGUCCACGCCUCCGCCUGGAAAGCGUGAGUGCCGGGUGGGGCAGUACGUGGUGGAUCUGACUUCCUUCGAGCAGCUAGCACUUCCCGUCUUGAGGACUGCAGAUUCCAACAGCCCGGGGCAGAGAGUGUGUGUCAUUGAUGAAGUGGGGAAGAUGGAGCUCUUCAGCCAGCCGUUCAUCCAGGCCGUCCGCCAGACCCUGUCCACCCCGGGUACCGUCAUCCUUGGCACCAUCCCUGUACCCAAAGGAAAGCCGCUGGCUCUCGUGGAAGAGAUCAGAACAAGAAAUGACGUUAAAGUGUUGAGUGUCACCAAGGACAACAGAAACCACCUUCUGCCGGAGAUUGUGGCGUGUGUGCAGAGUGGCAGGAAGUGAAGACGAUGGUCCCAGCUUUUCUCAACACGAAGCCAUUCCUGUGAGAGGAGCCUGAGGGCCCUGCCUGUCAGGGUUUUAUGCCUUCGGCUUUUAUGAAACCUUGGAGGCUUUGCCAAGGAAAGCCCAACAGCUGUUUGCCAUAAAAUGUUUACAAGAUCAAAUUAGCCUUAAUGCUGGAUUGACUCUACAAGAUUAACAAUCCACCGUGGCUUAUUUAUGCGGAGAGCUCUCUGUUUAUUUCUUCUUGCAGUUGGGCGUAUGAUUUGGGUACAUUAUGAAAUGAGAAAUGAUUUUCGGAGUAUUAGAUGGAAUUUGCCCCCACUGAAGUUUAUAAAUGUGCUCGGGGAAGAGGGAGAAGAGAGUUCCCUGCCUUCAGCUUUGCAUGUCAUGGAAAUUAAACCCUCUCCAGGAGCAGCUGCAGUCUCAUGCAGCUUAGCGUGAUAACAGUUAUUUGACUUUAAAAAAUUAGUAUUUCAAAAAAAGCCAUUUUAGGUCCUCCCCCCCCACUCAUCUCUUGUUUGUUUGAUUAUGGCUUAAUAAAAAUAAAAAUAAUGUGCUGGUUGCA